AUGGACGAUAUCCAUCAAGUCCCACACAUUCCUCCCCGUCUGCAAUUAAUAGGAUCGCCGCACUGGCAUGAGAACAUUCCCGCCAUACCACCAGAGCUCUUGCACAUCAUCUGCAACUUCCUCGAUAUUCCCACGCUCAAGGCAUUUCGGCGCGCAUCUUCGGCUUACAACACAAUUGCUGUCACCCAUCUUUUCUCGGAGGCGUAUCUCAGGAACAACAUGACUGGCUUCAACCGCCUGCUUGCGUUGGUAACCAAGGGCCCACAGUUUGCUCAACAUAUCAAGUCUCUGGAAUGCGUUGAGGACCCUAGUCGUGUUGACCAUUUGGAUGGGUACUCGGGCCUCUCGGGGGUACUACACAAUACUGGAAAUCAUAUAGAGCACGACACAACCUGCAAGAGUCGUCGAUGCGUGCAGACCGUGGGUUCUAACAGCGUGGUUAGUAAACCGGCCAAUCUUCAAUCGGAUUGA